AUGUUCACCUUCUUAUAUACGCAGGAAGAAAGCGGUCCACCGCCAACUAUUCCUCCACCAAGAAUCGACCACAACAUCCUAUUCGUCCGCGUUCCUGAGAAGGGACCAGCGCCUGAACCAAUCAUCGUUCCUCCACCAAGGCAACAGAGCGUGGUGUACGUCCUGAACAAGGACGAUGGAGGAGGAGGACAGCAAGUGAUCGAAGUGACAGCUCCUCCACCGUCCAACCCUGAGGUUUACUUCGUCAACUAUGCUGAAGGAGAUAACCCUCAGCUGCCCAUUGGAGUUGAUCUCCAGACUGCUCUCCAAGCGGCUGCCAACGGCGGAGGACAAGUCAUCGGCGGAGGCGGAGGAGCAGGCGGAUUUGGCAGUGGUUCUGGCGGCGGAUUCGGCAGCGGUUCCGGUGGCGGAUUUGGUGGUGGUUCCGCUGGUAGAUUUGGUGGUGGUUCCGCUGGUUACGGCCUUGGUGGUGGCUACAGUCCUCCAGCACCUUCAAAUGCCUAUUCUACGCCAUAG